AUGAGAGCUGGUAUGGAAAGAAGCAUGAGAAGACCGCCGAGACACGCAGUUUUCCAACAACGAAUGCCGUCUUGGAAGCCCAUCAUGAAUGCCGGCACAGUGAUCCCCUUAUUCUUCGCAGUCUCCUUCAUCUUCCUGGCCUUUGGUUCAAUCAUCGCGCUUUUCAAUUCCAAAGUGAAGACCUUCGAGUUGGACUACACGGACUGCGAGAGAUAUGCCAAGUCAUUCGAUGCGACGCAACUCUCUGGAACAAUCAAGAACCAAGUGACUGAGGACUGUUACCCCAUGGACUACCUCUUGGUGGACAAAAGGAGAACCCCGAUGAUGCCCUGCGGCAUGAUUGCCAACAGCAUGUUCAACGACACCUACGAGAUAUUCUAUUCAAAUUCUUCAAUUCUCUACAGGGAAGAUUCAGCAGAUGAAAAUGAAACACGGAUUCCGAUUCCGAUUCGUCGCACGCAAAUAGCGUGGGAAAUUGAUAAAAAGAGACGCUUUGGCAACCCUCGAGGAUUCCAUUUGAAUCAUGCUGAAGCUUUCAAUAGAACUGUGAGACCAGUUUCUUGGAGAAAGUCAGUUUAUGAACUGGAUCCAGAGAAUCCUGGGAACAAUGGACUGCAGAAUGAGCCACUUAUGAUAUGGAUGCGUCCGGCCGCCUUUUCAACAUUCAAGAAAAUCUACGGCAGAAUCGACCCUUGGACCAACUCCUCGUCGUAUCGGGCCAUCGGCAGGAUCAUCAACGACAUCUUCACGGCCCUGCUGUCAUUAGGAAGUCACAGACAUCCGAUCGUUCUUCCUCCCGGCGUGUACACCAUCAAGAUUGGGUACAACUACCCCGCUACCUCGUGGCGGAAGUCAGUAUCGGUCGUGUCUACUUCGUAUUUCGGCGGCAAGAUGGGGUUCCUGUGCAUCGGAUAUUUCGUCACAGGGGUUAUGAUAUCGGGAAGAGGAAACAUGCGAGAGGAUGAGGACAGCAGAGACGCAGGAGGUCUUCACAUGGGCCUCAGCAAAACGCAUAAUCAAGUCACGGAGGGCGGGAAGGCAGAAAAUUGA